GGCGAGCAGAGCAGACCAUCACUGAUAUGAGGGUGCAGAUCUGCCACCUGCAAGCCUCUCUGAGAUCUGCACAGGAGGUUGUCACUGAGCAAAAAAACAGCAGUGGAGUUCUUCAUAUUGACAAGGAAACCAACACUGAGAGGGAAGAACCAGACAGAGCUGUGGGGAAGGUUGUGAAGGAUCAGAGGGAUGCAGCAGUGGCCACGGAGAUCACCAGCGGAGCAGCCUCAGAGCAGGAGCAAACCCAGCUUCAGGCGACUGCAGACGGCCUUCUGGCGACUCUCAGACGGAUGGAGACGAUGGUCUGUGGUGCCCUGGAGACCGCCGAGCUGGUGAGAGAGAGCGAGCAGAGGGUGAGCCAGGUGAGAGUGAGGAUGGAGAGCAUCACUCGGAGGGUGGAGGAGGCCCUAGGCAGAGCAGCCAACACUGACAAGCAGCUGAAUGUUCUAGAGGUCAAGAUCACAGAGCAAGCUCCAACUCAGUAUCCAGGUCCCGGUCUGCGAGCUGAUCCUGGAACAGAAGCUGCAGGUUUUACAGCAGAGUCCAGUGUGGAGCGUGAAGACAGAGACAGUCCUUCUCCAUCUCCUGUAAUCCCAAAAGUCAAUGAGCCUCCGCAGCUACCCAUGAAUGGUGGCACUGGAAGAGGCAGCUGCAGCACGCUCCAGGAAGAGGAGGAGCACUUGCAGAGAUCUCCUCCUGAGCAAAGUGAUCAGAACUCCAAGGACUCCUGUGACACCCCCUGUGCUGCUGAGGGACCUUUUAUUUUCCCCCACACCCGCUCACGCCCCUCACUGAACCCCGCCAUGCCCACGCUGCCAGAAGAAGAGGAGGACUCCCCCGAGGAGCUGGACAGUUCCUCCAGCUCUCCCAGUACAUCUACACCGGGUGAAAUUCGAGCUGUUGUCAUGACUGCCCCCACUAUCGUCUACCCACAGCAGGCCACUAUUGUCCAACAAGACGGGCGUCCCCUCGAGCAAGCCAGACCACACAGUCCCAGAGCUCGUCUGCACAGAAACUUGCCUGGAGGACCCAUCACCACAGUCGACAGUACAGGUAACGUGAUCGACCUGGUAAAAGAUCAGCUGCCGGAGCUCCAUCUCUCUGAGGAGGAUCGACAGAAGAACUUGGAGCUGCUCGAACAGGCCAAGAAGGUCAGCGACCGCUUCCUGACUCGCCGCGGCCGCCGCUCCACUGGUAGCCUCAGUGACUCACCCACAGGUCUUUCUCCAACUCCAACAUCCUCACCUAGUUCAUCUAGAAGCACCUCGUUGACUGUGGCUCCUCAAACUGGACCCCCAGAGGCAACCUAUGUCAGCUCACAGUCGGUUGGACAGCAUCUGGGGGUUCCGUCAGUGCGAGAACAGCAUGACGUAACAGGCCAGGAUCAGGAGGGCAACAGACUAUUGAUGGAUUGGAAGCCCACUGAGAAGAGGAAAGUGUCCUCUGGGACUCUAACACCCCGUUUUGCUGUUCAGAAGGAGAACUGUGAUCCUGCCGCACCUAAGAGUUCUCCAGCAGUCAGUAACCCCAACCAGGCCCCAGCCACAGGGGUGGCCAAGCCUGUCCCCCGACCCCCUACUCAACAGGCCCCCUGUACAGCAGAAAUCAAGACGAUUGGGGCCUUCCCUCCACUAAUGAGGGCUGUUUCCUGGGAUGCUGUAGGCAGCCUUAAUUCUAGAAAUGGAGCCCCAGGUUUCCCUCCUACAGCGGAGGAUACCUUUUCAGACAAACCCAGGGAUGCUGUCUUCAAGUCCUCAGGGUACAAGGACCUCCCCUCCCAACUGGGUGGUGUACAUAAACUGUCUAAAUUCAAAGAGGAGCACAAGCUGAUGCGUAAUCAAAGCAUAGUGGGAUCCAAAUUACCAGAACUGAGUGAAGCUGCUGAACAAGAAAAAGGUCCUCCACCUUCUCCAAACUCAGCCAGUAGUGAGGAGGCAAGGGAGAAGUCUGACGCCAUGCCAAACAUUUCAGAUCUGAUGCUGCGAAAACUCAAACUUCACAGAGGUCUACCAGGCUGUGCACCCCCACUCACUGAAAAAGAAGUUGAGAAUGCAUUUGUCCAGCUGUCACUCGCAUUUCGUAAUGACAACUACACUCUGGAGAUGAGGCUUAAACAGUCAGAGAGGGAGAGGAAUCUGACUGAGGAAGACACCGAGAAAGAACUGGAAGAGUUCAAAGCAGCACUGAAGAUGACUUCGCCACAGUGGCAGAACCUGGAGCAGCGUGAGGCCUACGAGCGCCUCAUAGAGACGGUGGCAGUGCUGCGACGACUGGCCACACGGCUCUCCAGUAGAGCGGAGAUUGUUGGAGCAGUUCGACAGGAGAAACGUAUGAACAAGGCCACUGAGGUCAUGAUGCAAUAUGUGGAAAAUCUGAAGAGGACAUAUGAGAAGGAUCAUGCAGAGUUGAUGGAGUUUAAGAAGUUGGCCAACCAGAACUCGAAUCGCUGUUACGGGGGAUCCAUAGACACUGGAGAUGAUGGAGUUCCACGGCCGUCUAGAUCGAUGUCCCUCACCCUUGGAAAGGCUCUGCCCAGACGUAGGGUGAGCGUAGCAGUGGUGCCUAAGUUUAACCUCCUGAACAUCCCAGGUCAGACCCCAGCCACAGCCGGCCCGGGCCCCACCACUGGUGCUGCUCUUCCUGUCCUGUGUGAAGCGAAUGAUGUGAAAGGCAACGCUUCCACAGAGUCUGCACAACCAGCAGCAGAAUGUGGAAAGAGCGUGUCGGAGCAGGAAAGUGAGCCAGCCAAGCCUUCAGUCAACUUAGACGAGAUCAGAGCUGAGAUCAGAGCCGAACUCAAGGCAAAGGUGGAGGAGGAGGCAUAUAAUAAAGGCUACCAAGAGGGACUGAGGCAAAGUAAGUUGCUCCAGGAGGAGAAGCAUGAAGAAGAAAAUGCUGCAGAUAAAUUGCUGGAAUUGAAAAAUAACGAUGAAGAGAGUGGAAAGAAGAUACAGACAAGCAGGAGGAUGGAGGAGGUCCUGGAUCUUCUUGGACGGUUUUGUCCCAAGAUUUCCAUGAGUCGGCGACUUCUCUGGAUCGCCCUGACACUGUUUGUGGUGAUGUGUCUGGUUAUCAGUAUUUUUACAUUCUUCAGUGGCUACUACAAGAGACAUGAGGACACGUAAGCAGUGAAGGACUUUGUGCGAGGCGAGAUGAAGAUCUUUGGAUCAAGUGUAGCAGCACAACCAAAGAACCCCAGCACAGAAACAACAGAGGCGACAGUCGUCCUCUGUCUCUGUCAGUUUACCAUAUCACCAUACUCAGGCUCACUUGAAUCCAUGACCCUGACUCUCAAGGGCCAAAGACGUCUUGGGAGGCUUUAUGGAUAAUGUUGCCUUUGUCAUGGUUAACAGCAUUAAUUUAUAAUUUUGUUACAAUCGAAAAAUUGAGAAAAAGGAUUAGGGUUAAGGAUUUUAUUUAGGGACCAAUUAUAUAGUGUGAUUAAAUAUAUAUUCAAAGUAGAUCAUAGGUAAUGAUAUGUUCUGGUUUGGGUACGUUUUGAUGAUGAAUAUGACACUUUUAAUUAAAUGCUGUGCAAAGUGUGUAUUUAUCUACACAAUAUUAAAGUAUAAUCUAUCAGGUCCAAUACAUAAUGAAGCCUGAGAGAUUUUGAAGUCAUAUUUAAGGACAUAGAAUUAAUUUUUGUUCAAUUUCUACAAUGUGUAUUUAAAUACUUUAAACAUAAGCACAUUCCAAAGUAGUUCCUUAAGUGCAAUAUUUUGCAGUUGAUGGUUCUCGUUUGUGCCAUUUUGGAUUGUGUCUUCAGAGCACUGAGAUUUUCUUCUUGUAUGAGAGCACUGUUUAGAUGGCAUGAGGCUUAUUUUUUUUAAUUCUUUGCACAUGUGUGCCUGCCUGUGUUUUCUGUGGAUUUUAUGCUCUGCUACCUUUAAAUAAAGGUGCCUGAAAACA